GUCGUAUUUACCAAUAUAGAUGUGUGCUAAAAAUGAUUUGAAAAAAAUAUAUAUAAAUUGACGUCGCGUGAAGUAUUAUUUUUUAAGUUCCCUUUAAAAUACUUAUUUUUAUGUUCGUCAUAUUUACGGUCGAUGACGUGACUGACCGACCAAUUAACUAAGCCUCUCAAGUUUCAUUAUGCCGAACUAUUUAUAGCUAUCUUUAGCCCCGAAAAAAAUAAAAAAAAUAAGGUAGGGACCAAUUAACAUGUAUCAGUUUAUCAGAUUUUGUUAUUUGCACCUGUUUUAGUAAAAUGAACCACCCUGCACAAUGUACACCCUGCACUGGUCGCCAGCCAAUCGCAGGGCACAUACAUACAUACAAACAACCAUUCACACCGACGGGCAAUUUAGAGUUGUCAAUAACCUAGCAUGAAUGUUUUUGGAUGUGGAUGAGUUCCGCGUGCGCCUGAUGAAGACUGGUUAGAGCGUCUGCCUCACAGUUCUGGGGACCGGGGUUCAAAUCCCGGCCCCGCCUGUGUGGAGUUGGCAUGUUCUCCCCGUGCCUGCGUGGCUUUUCUCUGGGCACUCCGGUUUCUGCCAACAUCCCCAAAACAUGCAUGAAUUGGACUCUAAAUUGCCCCUAGGUGUGAAUGGUUGUUUGCUUCCAUGUGCCCUGCGAUUGGCUGGCAACCAGUUCAGGGUGUACCCCGCCUCCUGGCCGAUGAAAGCUAUGAUAGGCUCCAGCUCAGAAAAUGGAUGGAUGAAUAAUAAUAAUAAUAAAAAUAAUAAUAAUAGACAAACUAAAUAAGCAAGCUGUUGGGCGAUCAACGGCGUCCUCUAGCGACACUUAAUGUGAACUACAUCUCAACGUUCCCUGCGCGGAGUGUGGCCACACUGCGCAUGCGCGGCCCAAACUGGCUGCGGUGCGUUGCGUUCACAGACGACGAAAAAGAUGAAGAGGAAGAUGAGGUGCACCGCAGCGGACAUGGCGGACCUGCUCCUUUUGAUUUUCGUCACGCUGAUUGCAUUUCCGCUCUCCGAGUCCUUCGCGGGCAGGUCCCGAAACCCGGUGAGGAGACCAACCAAGGCCGCCGACCGCUCCCUCGCCCGCUCGUCUCCUUUGUCUCAGUGUCCUGCGGUUUUUCCUCAGCAGUACCCGAUGAGGGUGGCGGCGGCGGCGGGCAGCGACGGCGAGUCUUCCCAGGAGGAGGCCUCGGGUUCCCCGGGACCGGUCGGGAGGACGCACGCCGCGCCGGAGCUGGAGGCCAUGAUUGGCUACUCUCCUCCCUCCGCACCCCGUGACCUCGCCCAGGAGAUGGAGCCUCACCAGUUUUCCGAGGCGGCGCUGGACGAAGGCGGGCACUUCAGCGGUUUUGGCGUCCUUCGCUCUUCCGCGCCAGCGCCGACGACAGCAGGCACGGCCUCUUCUGACAUCGCCGCGGCGACGGUGGCCCCCGAGACCGGCCCGGGCACCGACUUUGGACUCCUGGGGGUCAAAGAGCUCACCCACAAUGCCACUGUGGCACACGUCGACGUGGCCACCAGCACGCCGCCUUGGCAGCCCAAAGAGGAGGAAGGAGAGGAAACCAGGCCAACGCCCACCUCUGAUAUUUCGCCCAAUGUUGGCUUAGCUGAGACCAACUGGGACUGGAUGACCACGCCCCCUCAGAAGCCACACGUGGUGUGCGUGGACUGGACGCAGCCGAGUGGACAGGGCUACGUCCUCCUCAACAUGAUGCGCAACCUCAAAUGCGAGGAGUUCCGCGGCGACGGCGGCGUGCGCCUGAUGAAGACGAUGGAGCGACGCGUUGCGCGGCGCAUGAACAGCACAGAGGGAUCAUGGGUAAUUUACCUGAGCAAGCCCAGGCACCAACAACGACAGAUGCUGAUGCACGUGGCGUCUGACGACGGCGUAAUGGCCACCAAGGACCUGCUGAGUCUGCUGGGAGAAAUGCGUCCAAGUUUAAACAGGGUGGGCAUCCAAGAAUACGGCGCGCCACCUACGUGCCAACCCCGCCGCAGCGCGUCCCAGCGCAGCGACUACAGCAAACUGUUUGUUGUCCUGGUGGUCAUCGGCUCCAUCUGCCUGGUCAUCAUCACGUCAGGCUUCAUCUACAUCUGCUGGCAGAGACGCCCCCCUUCCACCAAGACCACUUUCCGCGGCGAGGAGCUUCGCUUUGUGGAGAACGGUUGCCAUGACAACCCCACCCUGGACGUGGCGGGCGACAACCAGCCUGACGCCCGGCCUGAAGACCAGCGAGAAGAAGAACUGAAGAAGAAGCAGCCUAGUACCAACGGACUGGUGGGGGGAGGCGAGGGCGUCUGCAUGGAGGAGAACCCUCGCUGGCAGGUCUUUGUCAAUCAAGCAGCAGCUGAGGAAGAGGAAGAAGAGGACACACACCUCUGAUGGAGGACAAGGAAGAGGAUGGAGGGACGUCUCCAAAGAGGAGUCACCCACCCACGUCGCCGCCGGGCCUCGGUAGCCACGCUAGCCGUUAGCCACACUAGCUGUUAGCUUGUGAUUGGCAUUCAUCGCAAACAUGAGACACACGGCGAAAAAACAAACAACCCCGAAGCACUUUAACAACGUUGGAAAUAAAAGCGCCUUUUCACUACCGUCGGCUGCCUGCUUGGCAAUGUUCGCAUUUUUUGACCAAUGCUAAGGCUAAUGACGCUGCAAGUUAGCUAGUAUUUCCAUGAAGAAAACUACAAGUUGCUUGCGUUGACAGAUUGUGUUCCUGAUGCGCCGCGAUAGCGUCAUGGCUUGCUCGUCAAGUUGUAACCUGUCAAAUAAAGUUUUGCAACUCUCA